AUGGCAAAGAUACUCAGAUGCCCAGGAUGUAAUAGAGAAAUAAGAACUGCUCCAAUAGGAAAUCCACCUAUUCAAAAUCCGGCUGAAAACCCAACCCCGACGCAAAAUAUACCACCAGCUGAAUAUCCGAUUCAGACGCAAAACCAAGCCCCAGUAGAAAACCCAGCACCGACCCCGGAAGGCGAUCUCAUAUCAUUUGACGAAAACCCACCGACGCACCAACCAACCCAGCCGAGAGAGGCAAGCGCGCCGGCAGUCAACCUUUUAACUGAUGGUAUUCCAAAUACAGAAGCAGGAUCAAGUUCUAAUACUCAAGGAGAACAAAAAAAGAAAUCAAUUUUAACAAUAGAUGAAUUAAUAAAAUGGUUAUCAAAACCGGAAAUAAAAAAUAAUAAAAAAAUUAGAUCGAAACCAAUUCCUAAAACUGGUGAAGAAUGGUAUGAUUUAAUGGAAAUAGAUAAUGAAAAAGAUAGCGAACCAAGUGAUGAUGUGGAACAUCGAAGCUCUGCUUCUUCAGAAUAUGAUACUGCUGAAGAAGAACCAGAUAUUUAUUUCGAAAGAAUCAAAGAUCCAUAUAUUAAUAGAAAAUCAGAAGCAGAAAUUUUUAAUGAAGGUGAAGUGUGUGAUUACUAUGCAUUUGUACCAAAAGGAUACUAUGCAGAAAACGAACCACUAGGUUUCUUUGAAUCAAUCGAAGAAAAGAUUGCUAAU